UUUUCCUCGCUUCAAUGUCCUCAAUAAUAAAUCCUCACAACCGAAGAAGCUGCCAUACCCAACCAAAUUCCAUCUUCCCAAACUUCUUCUUCCCCUACUUCUUUGACUUCCCUCUUUCUCUCUCUACAUUUUGGGACCCACCUCCAUUUUUCAUUCUUUCUUCAUCAAUUAAUGUCUACCCAUUUCAGCAAUUACUGCAUCUAAUUAUACUGAUCUAUAAAUUGCGGAAUCCUUAAUAUUCUCACGAGCUUUUCGUGUGAGCAUGUCCUACUCAUAUUCAAUCAGAAUUUAUUAAAUUCUUUCAUUUUCAGUUUUUUUCUAUCUAUUGAAACUUUUACGAUCUAGUGAGAAUGAGUGCAGCAGUUACUAGUAGUCCAGCGAAUCAAGACCGUUCGUUACUUCUACACCCAAAUCAAGGAUCUUCAAAUCAGAGAAGAAUCAGAACCCUACUUGAUCUAUUAACAAUUGAGAAAAUGGACAGUGUAGAUCGCACGAUGAGAAGUGGAGAAACAGGUAAUAACGAUAACAAUAUUAGCCGGUGGAAAAUGCUCCGGGAACGGCUAGGAUUAAAAGCCAUCGGUUGUUGUGGUGUUGCCACAUGGCGGUUAGAUAAUUCAUCACAGCCGGAGGAUGAAAGCGGCGUCGUAAUAGAUGAGGUUGGGACACGCCAGCAAGAGGAAGAAGUGGGUCCUAGUGAAGGGAUGAAUUUGGCUGAUGCGUUGGCAGCGGAGAGGCAAUUCCGUGCGGGAGAGAGUACGGGAAGUUACCGUGUGGAUGAGGGUAGUGCUAAUACGACACCGUCAAGGGUGUCGUUGAUGAGAUUACUGGAGGAGACAGCGGAUGGCUGUGAUUUAGAGAAAGAAAGAUCAAAGGGUGGAGAUCAAGAAGAGGAGGGAAGUGAUAGCAUGUGCUGCGUGUGCAUGGGAAGGAAAAAAGGUGCUGCGUUUAUACCAUGUGGACAUACGUAUUGUAGGGUGUGUUCUAGGGAACUUUGGCUCAACCGAGGUUCUUGUCCCCUUUGUAAUCGUCAAAUUCUCGAGAUCCUCGAUAUUUUUUGAUCUCGAGUUUAGGUCAUAUUUGAUUUGUCUUUUUAAAUUUGUUACAUUCGUAUUAGAUGUUCUCAAUAUGAUUAUUGUCUCGAGAUAAUUUCAUCCCGAAUCAAAAAAAGAUUUAAAUGUGUCUAAUGUGAACAUGAUGUACAAAAAUUGUGGGUUUGGAUUCGUGGCGAGGUUUAUGUACGUUCUUAUAUACGUGAGGUGGUAGCAAACAAUUAGACUCCGGAGAUUUAUCAUCGUUGGAAGAAUAUGAUUUACUGAUAUGGAAAGCAAAGUAAGGUGGGUGGUCGUAUCAACUUUAAUUAGUGUCACUUUCUUUUGCAUUUGUUAGAUUCUUGGGUCUAGGAUCUGUGAUGUGGAAAUCAUAUGUGAUCAGUGCUUUGUUUGAAAAUAUGUGUACAAAUUUUACCAUCAUAUUCUCUGCAUAAACAGCUUUUUUUUUCACUUUUAACACUUUUAUUUGUGAAAGGGAAAGUAAAUCAUCUUGAAAUAUAUUUAAUUUUGUCCGAUUUUUGUAGUUAAUGACCUCAAAUUUCGAAAAUUAUA